CGGGACUUUUGAUCUGGCCGCGGAGGCGACGAUGGCUCGCAACAGCCGGCAACAGCAGCAGGACGUCAUCACGAUCGACCAGCUCGUGAGCCAAGACGAGUGGAUCCCGGACACGGAGCGCUUCCGCUGCCACGUCUGCACGCGCAACUUCUCCAACUUUCGCCGCAAGCACCACUGCCGCAUGUGUGGCGAAGUGGUCUGCUCGAGCUGCACGCUCAAGAAGCUCGCCGAGAUUCCGCAGCGCCAAGGCCUCCAGGAAGUCAAGGUGUGCAUGUCGUGCAUUCUCGCGCUCGGCGGCCCGGCCGCGCCGCGCCCAACGGGCGAGUCGUCCAUGACGGCGCCGUCCAGCACGCGCUCGCGCCCGGGCUCGAUCCGGUCCGAGAGCCGGCUCCGCGGCAGCACGAUGGACCGCGGGCUCGACUCGCCCACGGACGACAAGCGCCACUUCUCGAGCGCCGACAGUAGCAACCGCGAGUAUGACUACCCGCUCGACUUUAGCUGGGGCUACCAAUGGCCCAAGCCGCCGAUCUUGCCGCAGGAAGACGAGCGUCUCGCGGCCGUCCGCAGCUUUGACAUCCUCGACACGCCGCAAGAAGACGUGUUUGACAUUAUCUGCGACCUCGCAUCCAACGCGCUCAAGUGCCCGAUCGCAGUCGUCUCGCUCAUGGACAAGGACCGGCAGUGGUUCAAGGCGUCCGUGGGCCUCGCGCAGACGGAGAUUCCGCGCAACGUGUCGUUCUGCGCGCACACGAUCAUCUCCAAGGAGCCCAUGGUCGUCCUCGAUACGCUCCUCGACAAGCGCUUCGCCAAGAACCCGCUGGUCACGGGCGGCGCCAACAUCCGCUUCUACGCCGGGUCGCCGAUCGUGUCGCCGUCGGGCUUUGUCCUCGGCACUGUCUUUGUGUUUGACACGCAGCCGCGCCACUCGUGCGACAUCACGACGCUUGAGAAGCUCUCGAACGUCGCGAUGAAAAACAUUGAAGACCGCAAGAACGCCGUGUCAACGCCCGUGUCCACACCGACGCAGGGACCGCCGCCGCCGAGUGCGAUGACGGUCGCGCCACCGACACCCAAUUUGAACACGCAGGACCUUGUCGUCCAAAACGCCGGGCCCGGCGACGGCCAAGUGGUCGCAGGUCCCAAGCUCGAGACGAUGCUCAUGGAUCUGCUCUGUCGUACGACCGAGACGCAGCAGCAGCUCGCGACGCAGCAAGGCGCAAUGUUCCAGACAUUAGGCCAGCACACAGCACAGAUAGAUAAGUUAGCGGACGCGGUCAAGCGCAUGGAGGCCAAGCUGGACUCGAAAGACUAAUACCUUGUACCCAACGUUUCGAUGAGACGCGA